GCCAUGAGCCACCAGCGGCCAGUCAGACGUCAGUAAUUUGUUCAGUGACAGUAUGUCUGUAUACGGCGUGGGUGUGUAUUUUGUUUGAGAAUCGUAUUUACAGCGUUGUUCAGUCGUAAUUAAGUCAGUUAACCCUUAAAGAGUAACGAUUAUUAGAAACCGAAUAGGUAAUAACAGGCAAAAUGCAAUUCACAACCUAAUUUGAAAUGUGCUUAAAUAUAUCUAUAACGCUACACUAUACUAUAAACGUAAACAAGGUAACAGGAAAAAGUGGAUUUACCAAGAAACUAGUCAGCGCCAAGCGGUAUGCGGUAAAUAACAUGUAGUCAUCAGGGUAUAUUUGUGCGCGUAAUCGUCUGAUAACCGCUACAACGGUGCGUAUUCCACGCCUCGAACAUUUGAAAUAUGGAUAAACAAUGGAAGUGAGAAGGUGGCGGUGUGUGGUGCUGUGGGUGCUGUGGGUGCUGUUAGCGAGAUGCGCGAGAGGCGCGGAGAGCGCUGCGCUGCGCUGCCCGCCGCCGCCGCCCGGCGCGGCGCCCCGCUGCCUGUACCGGGGCGAGGCUGUUGACGAAUACUUCUUUAAUGUUGAUGGUAACGAUAUCAAAAUAGAUUAUGGGGCGAGAUACUUUCGUCUGCAAUGUCCGGAGAACGUGCGGCUAGACGGCGGCGCGCUGCCGCAGCUGGAGCGCGCCGCGCGCGUGCCGCAGGUGCUGCUGCGCGGCUGCGCGCCGCCCGCCGCCGGCUACGCGGCCGCGCUGCGGGCGCUCAACGUCAGCGUGGGCAACAAGCUCUACCUGGACGCCACGCCGCCCGAGCCUCGCCUCGCCGCGCGACACUUCGCGCAACUGCGUUUGACGACCUUGAGGAUAACCACGGAGGGAUUGUUGCGCCCCGAUGCGACUUUUUUGGAGCCCUUGAAUGAAUUAGCGGACCUGAGCCUCAAAAAUGUCAAAGUGACUCCUUCCUCGCUGAUCGCGCUUUCUCCGACGAUUCGCUCCCUGAACCUGGAUCGAUCGGGCGUGGAGGAGCUGCCCGAUGUCAUUUUCGACCGGCUCCCGGCACUCAGACGGUUGGUCGUCAGAGAGAACAUCCUCCUGACUGCUCUACUCGACGGAGCGAAAUCUCUGACCGACGUGGACAUCUCGGCUCCCUUGAUCGCCCUGUCCAUCGGCGACACGGUCAAAAACGUAGUGUGCCAAGGGGCGUCGACGGGGCCGAGGAUCGGAGGAUGUAAGAAUGUUGUAAAAUUGACUUUGAAAAAUGUAACCGUGCCCACUGUGAACGCGUGGCUGGAGCGAUGCGAAGCCCUGGAGACGGUGCGCGUGGAGCGCGCGUGGGGUGCGGGCGGCGGCGCGGGGCUCGUUCUGCGCGGCGCGCGGCUGCGCUCGCUCAGCGUGCUGGCGAGCGGACUCCACGAGCUGCCGCCCGACUGGCUCGCCGCUGUGCCGAAAUUAAAUGUUUUGAAAAUCUCCAACAACAAUAUUACAACGUUACCGAGGGAAUUGUUCGUGCCCACUACGAAUUUGAAAGAGCUCGAUCUCUCGAACAAUAAGCUCGAGUAUGCAGCGCUGGAGGCGGUCGGCGAGGCGCGCUCACUGGAGGCGCUGGCGCUGUCCAACAACCCGCUGGGCGACCUGUGCAACGUGUCCAACGCGGUGUCGGCGCUGUGGCGGCUGCGGCGGCUGCGGCGCGCGGCGCUGGCGCGCACCGGCGCCGCGCUGCUGUGCGCCGACUGGCGCCGCGACCUCGCCGACCUCACCGACCUCGACCUGCGCUACAACAACUUCACCGUCUUGCAGUGGGACGACCUGCAGUGGACGCGGGCGCGCGCCAGCCGCGUGGACCUGCGCGGCAACCCGCUGACGACGCUCAGCUACUUCCAGCGCGACUACCGCGCUGCGCUCGCCGCGCCGCCGCGCCCGCCACCGCUCACUAGGAUAAUACUGGAUACGCCGCUACAAUGCGACUGCGAAGUGUACUGGUUCGCGCGCGCGCUGCGCGAGGCGCCCGCGCACCUCGCCGUCGCGCUCGACGCGGCCGCGUGCGGCGAGCGGCGCGCGGGCGGCGGGCGGGGCGCGGCCUACGACGAGUACGACGUGGGCGAGGCGGGCACGCCGCUGCGCGCCGUGGCGCCGGAGCGGCUGACGUGCGCGGUGCCGGCGCCGCCGUGCCCGGCCGGCUGCGCGUGCGCGGUGAGCGGCGCGGGCGCGGUGCUGCGCUGCGCGCGCGCGGGGCUCGCCGCGCCGCCCGCGCUGCCGCCGCAGUUGCGACCCGUCAUCGAGCUCGACCUCGCCUACAACAACAUCACGCGCAUCGACGUCCAGGACGUGCCAUCGACUGUCGCGGGCGUAAGCUACUUACCAGCGCACACGGCCGGGCUGCGUCGGCCGAUCUCGAACGAACCGAUCGCGUUCCAGCACCUGAACCUGUCGCACAACCGCAUCGUGCGCCUGGACGCGAGCGUGCUGGGCGAGCGGCGCGAGGUGUGGCUGGAGGGCAACCCGCUGCGCUGCGACUGCGGGCUGUGGGCGGCGCGCGCGCGCGUGGGCGACUGGGCGCGCGUGCGCUGCGCGGACGGCGCGCGGCCGGCGCUCGGCGCGCAGUGCGCCGCGCCCGCGCGCCCCGCACCGCCCGCCGCGCUGCUGCCCGCGCUGGCCGCGCUCGCCGUGGCGGCCGCGCUCGCCGCCGCGCUCAUCCUCGUCUUCGUCUCGAGCCCCAAUGUUCGAGCGCGCAUUAAGCGAUUCCUGUUGGAUCGAGGGCUGUGCACGCACUGGGCAUCCAGCGUGCUCGCGGCCGGCGCGGAGGGUUGGCUGGCGGGCGGCGCGGGGCGCGGGGAGGGGGGCGGCAAGGCGGAUGACGACGACGGCGAGUGCGAGUACGACGCAUUCGUGUCGUUCGCGCACGCGGACGCGGCUUACGCGGAGGCACUGGCGGCGCGCCUGGAGGCGGGCCCGCACGCGCGACGCCUGUGCUUGCACCAGCGCGACUGGCUGCCCGGCGAGCUCAUCUCCGACCAGAUCAUCAAUUCCAUCCACAAGUCUCGGCGCACGAUCGUGCUGGUGUCGGACGCGUUCGCGGCGUCUCGCUGGGCGCGCGCCGAGUGCCGCUGCGCGCUGGCGCUGGCGCUGCGCUCGCGCCGGCCGCGCCUGCUGCUCGUGCUGCUGCCGGCGCUGCGCCGCGCCGCGCUGGCGCGCCUGCACCCCGCGCUGCCGCGCUACGCCGCCGCCGCCACCUACCUCGCGUGGGACGAGCCGCACUUCUGGCGCAAGCUGGAGCGCGCCGUGCCCGCCGCGCCCGCCGCACCGCCCGCCGCGCCGCGCUACUGAGAACAAAUCCAUCUUUGGCGCCAUCCGCCAAUCGGGUUGUAAAAUAUAUAGACAAUAUGAAUUUGUGGUGCUAAAUUUUUACUUCGAUAUGACGAUAUUAUUAUUUUUACUUCAAAAUUCACUAGUAAAGUCGGUUUCCUAGUUUUAAUGAUAUUUUUGACAAAUGUGAUUAUUAAAGUUACCUAUUUUGUAUUGUGUAGUAAAAUUAUACCUAAAAUAUUUGUGCCAUUCAUUAAAAUCAAAACAACAUUCUAUUGAUAAGAUUAUAAUUUUAA